UUUAAAGGCAGAAAGAAUGCGACGCCGCGUUAAAGUGGGCCAGGGGAGGGCUGCUGGUUCCGUUGGACCCCCACCGACAGGACGGAGGAGUUUGGGCCCCUCCGCUUUGACGUAGAGAUCAGGUGACUAGAACUUCUCUGACGGGACUCUUUAAAGGAAAGUUUGAGAAGUUCUGCUCACUUUUCCCUUCGAUUGCUGAACUUGGAAGGAAGUUUAACCAUCAAAGUCCCGCUGGGCUGGCUUCUGUAACCCUGCAGCUCCCACUCCUGAAGAAUGGGUGACUGGAGUGCUUUGGGUCGUCUUCUGGACAAGGUUCAGGCCUACUCUACUGCUGGGGGGAAGGUCUGGCUGUCGGUUCUCUUCAUCUUCAGGAUCCUGGUGUUGGGUACUGCAGUGGAAUCAGCGUGGGGAGAUGAACAGUCUGCCUUUAAAUGUAACACCCAGCAGCCUGGGUGUGAAAAUGUCUGCUAUGACAAAUCCUUUCCCAUCUCUCAUGUCCGUUUUUGGGUCCUCCAGAUAAUUUUUGUCUCCACACCCACGCUCCUGUACCUGGCUCAUGUUUUUUACCUCCACAGAAAGGAACAGAAACUUAACAGAAAGGAGGAGGAACUGAAAGCAGUGCAAAACGAUGGUGGUGAUGUUGACAUCCCGCUGAAGAGAAUAGAGAUGAAGAAGAUGAAAUAUGGCAUAGCGGAGCAUGGCAAAGUGAAGAUGAAGGGGGCCUUACUGAGAACCUACAUUGUUAGCAUCUUUUUCAAGUCCUUGUUUGAGGUUGGUUUCCUGGUGAUCCAGUGGUACAUGUACGGCUUCACAUUGUCUGCAGUCUACACGUGUGAGAGGUCACCAUGCCCACACAGGGUGGACUGCUUCCUGUCUCGUCCAACUGAGAAGACCGUCUUCAUCAUUUUCAUGCUGGUUGUCUCUCUGGUUUCUCUGUUGCUUAACAUCAUUGAGCUUUUCUACGUAUUCUUUAAGAGAAUUAAAGACCGUGUAAAGGGAAAGCAACCACCCACCCUCUACGCCAGUGGAGGGACUCUGAGCCCCACCCCUAAAGAGCUGUCCACAUCCAAGUAUGCUUACUACAACGGCUGCUCUUCCCCAACUGCUCCCCUCUCACCAUUGUCCCCCCCAGGUUACAAGCUGGCCACCGGGGAGCGAGGAACCGGGUCAUGCAGAAAUUAUAACAAACAGGCCAAUGAGCAGAACUGGGCAAAUUACUCUACGGAGCAGAACCGUUUGGGCCAAAAUGGUGCAGGGAGCACGAUUUCAAACUCCCAUGUUCAAGCCUUUGACUUUCCUGAAGAUACACAUGAGCAAAAGAAACUCCCCUCAUCAGCUGGACAUGACCUGCAGCCUCUGGCUCUCAUUGAUGCCCGGCCUUGUAGCCGGGCUAGUAGCAGGAUGAGCAGAGCGAGGCCAGAUGACCUGGAUGUGUAAGCCUUGGCCACUCCUUCCAUGUCUGUCCAACUGUCAAGGUUCCUCUAUGCAGGCAGAAGAUCAGGCAAGGAUUGAUAGCAUGUUCCUCUAAUCUGGGACUAACCUCAGUGGCAGUCCUUAGAGUAGACACUCCUGAGAAAUAAUAAACUUCAUUAAAACUGAAAUGUCUUCUAACCCUUUUUAAAGGUACAGGUUGCAUAUAAUUAAUGCUGUAACUUCCAAAAAUGUUAAAAGAGUAAAAAAACAAACCACUGGACUUGUUUCCAAGUUUAAAAAUGUUUCGCUUCCCAUCUAGGAAGCUUUUUCAAUUCAAAAUUCCUAGAUUAGAGUUGAGUAAAUCUGGAAGCUUUAUAGAGUUGUAAAGGCUUAGAAACUGAAAAAAACACGUCCAUCCCUUGGUAAUGCAGAGUCGUUGAAGUCGUUGUUGGUCUGCUACAACCAUUCACACAUGGACUAUUGGAUGGCAUCAAAAAGGUCAGGUAGUUCAACAAGGGAAUAGUAACCUAGAACAGUUACUGGUUAAUUGAAAUAUAACAAUUCAGAACCCUGGAACUCUAUUUGUCUGGGUUUGGAUCGGUUCUGAUUCAGGUAAGGACACGGCUAAUGGAGAAUGAGCAGAUAGCUGGUAGGAAUGACAGGUUGCUGAAAGGAACCUCAUUUUCAUGUCCUCCUGCCAUAUCAUCUGCUAUUAUUUGCAGCCCCUGUCAAUUUGUCAUCUAUAGUCCAACAACAAGACGGUCCUCUAUAGUCUGACCUUUAAGUUGUCCUCUAUAGUACGACCGUCAUGUUGUCCUCUAUAGCCCCACCGCCAUGUUGUCCUCUAUAACUGGACCAUCAUGUUGUCCUCUACAAACUGACCAUCCUGUUGUCCUCAAUAACCUGACCGUCAUGUUGUCCUCUAUAGUCCGACCAUCCUGUUGUCCUCUAUAGUCCGACCAUCAUGUUGUCCUCUAUAGUCCAACCAUCAUGUCCUCUAUAACCUGACAGUCAUGUUGUCCUCUAUAACCUGACCGUCAUGUUGUCCUCUAUAACCGUACCAUCAUGUUGUCCUCUACAAACUGACCAUCCUGUUGUCCUCUAUAAUGUGACCGUCAUGUUGUCCUCUAUAGUGCAACCGUCAUGUUGUCCUCAAUCGUCCGACCAUCAUGUUGUCCUCUAUAGUGCAACCGUCAUGUUGUCCUCAAUCGUCCGACCAUCAUGUUGUCCUCUAUAGUGCGACCGUCAUGUUGUCCUCAAUCGUCCGACCAUCAUGUUGUCCUCUAUAGUGCAACCGUCAUGUUGUCCUCAAUCGUCCGACCAUCAUGUUGUCCUCUAUAGUGCGACCGUCAUGUUGUCCUCUAUAAUGCGACUCCAAUGGCUUCUGCAUUAGGAACUGAGCUUUCAGUCCAGUGUUUUUGUUUUUGUUUUGAUUGUUGUAGAGAUGUGCUGUUCUGGUUCUGGAGGAAAGACAAACCUCUACCUGUCCCUGUCUCAUCUUCCCACAUGUUUUUAUUUUCUAAUCUUUCUUGGUUACUGCAGCAGACUGAUCUUCCACCACCUGUUGGUUUUUUUUUCUGUAUUACUACAGUUGGUUAUUUAAUGAACAGCAUCCUUGGCUUAGAUACUUGAGUGAAUGUUUUAUUUUUCGUUUAUUUAACUCAUUGCUGCUUGAGGAAUAGAUAUGUAUAGUACUGUAAAUCAAGCUGUCACAGAAAAAUGUGAAUUAUGUUGAAGCCUGGUCAUAGAUCUGGACUAAUGUUUAGUCUUUACUUUCAAUCCAAAUCUGUUUAGGAAAACUAGAUGAAACCUUAUUUGGGGACUUAAUUGCAAUUUAGUCUAAUUUUGUGUCCGUUUUAUUUUUUUCUUGGUACAGACGAAGAUCUUUACAGCUACAGAUAAUUUGCACUGAGAUCUUGCUGUUAAAAGAUGUAACUUGAUGCAACUUGCAUAUGGUGUGUUUUCUGAUAAAUAUGUUACUAAUUUAUUUUAAUAACACAAAGCUAAGCUGUGGUCGGUAUAACAGAGAGUGACCAUUUUUAACAAAUCGGUUUGUGAUCUUUCUUCCUCUUUGUUCCAUAAAUCAGAAGCAAACAUUUGCAGUUUUCUUUCCCAGGGGAUCUGUUAUUGUAAAAAAGACAGACAUUAAAACCAACAUAUUAACUGCCUGUGAAAUGGAGUCUUACCCAAUAAAUGUUUUCAGUCCUCA